CCUAAAAAAUGGCGGCCAACAUUAACGGAGUUUUCACUGAAAAUUUACAAAAUGCAAUACUUCAAAGUAAAGUAUUAAUUGUGGGUGCUGGUGGAAUUGGAUGUGAGAUAUUAAAAAAUCUUGUUAUGACAGGAUUCACUAAUAUUGAAAUAAUUGAUUUAGAUACAAUUGAUGUUAGUAAUUUAAAUAGACAAUUUUUAUUUCAAAAAAAACAUGUGGGAAAAUCAAAAGCAGAUGUUGCAAGAGAAACAGCAUUAACAUUUAAUCCUGAUGCAAAAAUAGUUCAUUACCAUGACAGUAUUACAACUUCUGAUUAUGGAGUAUCAUUUUUUAAAAAAUUUACUUUAGUUAUGAAUGCUCUUGAUAAUAGAACAGCUAGAAAUCAUGUAAAUAGAAUGUGUUUAGCAGCAGAUGUACCAUUAAUUGAAUCUGGUACAGCUGGUUAUGAAGGUCAGGUAGAACUUAUAAAAAAAGGAUUAAGUCAAUGUUAUGAAUGCACACCAAAAGCUGCACAAAAAACUUUCCCAGGUUGUACAAUUCGUAAUACACCUAGUGAACCAAUUCAUUGCAUAGUAUGGGCAAAACAUUUAUUCAAUCAAUUAUUUGGUGAAGAAGAUCCUGAUCAAGAUGUUUCUCCAGAUACUGCUGACCCAGAAGCAGCAGAUUCUGCAGGUCAAAGUGCUUUAAAUUCAGAAUCAAAUGAAAAAGGAAAUGUUGAUAGAACAUCAACUAAAAUUUGGGCACAAUCAUGUAAUUAUGAUCCAGAAAAAUUAUUUACAAAAUUAUUUCAUGAUGAUAUAAAAUACUUAUUAAGUAUGGAUAAUUUAUGGAAGAAAAGAAGAUCACCUAUUCCUUUAAAUUGGAAAGAAUUACCAGAUGGAGUUUUUCAUAAUACAGUACCAGGUUGCAGUAAAGAAAUUAAUGAACCUGGUUUAAAAGAUCAGCAACGAUGGAGUAUUUCUAAAUGUGGAAAAAUAUUUGCUGAAUCAAUCAAAAGUUUAAGCAAUACUUUAAAAGUUUCACAAGAAAAAUCAUCAAAUAAUCAUUUGAUUUGGGAUAAAGAUGAUCCAAGUUCAAUGGAUUUUGUUGCUGCAUGUGCUAAUAUAAGAGCUUAUAUUUUUGGUAUACCUCAAAAAACAAAGUUUGAUAUAAAAUCAAUGGCAGGAAAUAUAAUUCCUGCAAUCGCAACUACAAACGCAAUAGUUGCUGGUUUAGUCGUUCUUCAUGCAUUCCGCAUUCUUGAAAAUAAUUUAAAAGCAUGUAGAUCUGUAUAUUUGCGUUCGAAAAUGAAUCAUCGUAAUCAGUUAUUAGUACCAGAGAAAAAUGUUAAUCCACCAAAUCCAAAAUGUUAUGUAUGUGCACCUAUGCCAGAAGCCAUACUAGCAAUAGAUACAUCUAAAACAACAAUUAAAGAAUUACUUGAAAUAAUAUUAAAAAGUAGAUUAAACAUGAUUGCUCCAGAUGUUAUGAUAGAUGGUACUGGUUCUGUUGUUAUUAGUAGCGAGGAAGGAGAAACUGAAGAAAAUAAUGAUAAACUCUUAGAAGAAUUAGGAAUUAAAGAUGGUACCAUUCUUAAGGUUGAUGAUUUUCAACAGAAUUAUUCAUUGACUAUAACCAUAAUUUAUAGAGAACGUCCAAGUUUAAAAGGUGAUAGUCCUGAUUUUCUCAUCUUAGCUGAUGAAAAAGAUCUCAAACCUAAAGAAGACAAUGAUUUAAUAAAACCAUCUACUUCAAAUGGCCAGGUGGAGUCAUCUGAAGAAAAUGUAAUGAUUGUUGAAACUGAAACUGUUUCAUUGGAUACAGUAAAGAAACGUAAAACUAAUUCUCUUGAGGAAACUGUGUCUCCAAAAAAAAGAAAAGUGGAAGUUCAUAAUGUAGAUGAUGAUAUUUCUAUUAUUGAAAAUGAUAUAACUAAUGAUACUGGUAAUACAAAAUCAAACAUUAAAAUACAUAAAAAUUCAGAAGAUGAUGAUUGUUUAAUUGUGCAUGAUGAUAAUUUGCAAACCACUGCAACUUCGCAGUAAAUGAAUUAAAUAUAAAUUGAUCAAAUUGUUUCAAAGUUAAAUUUUUUAAAAUUAAUAUACUGAUCAAUAAAAUUUAUAUAAAAAAUAUAUAUUUGUACAAAAAAAAUACAUAUGUACCAAUUCUAGAAGCAGUUUCAUUUUAUGUUUAAAAUUUUCAUAUAAUUUUAUUAAUACUAUUCGUAUAUAAAAACAUUUUUGUUCAUAAUAAGUUCAUAGUGUACUUGACUAAGAACAAAAAACAUAUGUAUA